AUGGCUUCCGCUCUGAAUUCUGUGCCGGCAAACAACGCGUCUGGCAAUGCCAACGCGGGUGCGCAUAACCCCGGCCGAUCCACUCUGAGAUCCAGCAACAGCACCAAGGGGUCCGACGGUCGACGACAGUCGGGCAGCCCUGUUGAUGGCGGACAGCGGCGCACAAACUCCCACAAGGCCUGGACCCAAGGGACCAACCCCAUCACUCAACGCUCCUCACACUCCUCAUCAAACGGAAACAUGACCCACCAAAGACAGUCUGCUUCUCCGAGGCCAAACCACAAAGAAUCAAAUACUCCCGAUAACCACUCUCAUGACCGCCUCGUCUUCUUAUUCGCCAGCUUCAUUGGCCUUCAAACCACGAUUACUACCAAGGAUGGAGAGAAGUAUACUGGUGUCUUCUCUUCUUCAUCUCUAGAGUCCACUGAAGUCUCCUUCCUUCUCAAGAUGGUCCAACGCGCCUCGCAUGAUGCUCAGUCGCGCGCAAACGGUGUGAGCGAUGUCGCAACCCCAUUCUUGGGCUCUGCACCCGAACACAUUAUGUCCUUUGAGAUCAAGGAUGUCGUCGACGUCUCCGUUCCGAACGUAACUACGGCAGAAGUCUCAGCCAAGGAACCGAAUGGUGCUUCCCAGGGGUUCCGAACUGAUAGUGAUAUCUCUGGAAAUCUCGCCAUGCGCGAGCGCACCUUGCAGCGCUGGGAACCUGCCGAAACCGACGUUGAUAUGUCACUAGACACAAGCAACAACGCCACUGGUUGGGAUCAAUUUGAAGCCAACGAGCGUCUUUUCGGCGCCAAGACCAAUUAUGAUGAGAACAUUUACACUACUCGUCUCGACCGUACGGAUCCCACCUAUAAGCAAAAGCAGGUAGAGGCAGCUCGAAUUGCGCGUGAAAUUGAGGGUCAAGAUGUGGACAACUCCCACAUGCGUGAGGAGCGCGGUCUCGCGGCACCGGAUACUGGCGACCAAGAUGAAGAAGACAAAUACAGUGGUGUGCGACGAGAAGACAAAGCCUUCCCUCCCCUGCUUUCUGGUCAACCAAACAAGUACACACCUCCUGGGCGCCGCCAAGCCCCACAGCCUGCUACGGCAGCUGCCGGCACAUCUGCCCCCAUCCCCUCCCAGCCCUCGACAAAGGAAGCUGUAUCGUCAGAUAAGCAACCAGAGCCGACCGCAUCUUUGCAGCCUCCCGUGGAUAUCGAACCAAAGAGCGCAUCGGGCAAGGGUCUUUCGCCCGCCAUCUCCUCCGUGUCCACCGCGUCAAACACAAAGCGAACCGUUCCUGAAAAUGCAACUGCAAACGUCGAGGCAGAGGUGCUGGGCCACUUCCGCCAGUUUGCCAAAGACGAAAAGGCCAAGCUGAAUGAACGCCGCCGUAACCAAGCCUCAUAUGAUCGUACCAGCAAGCUCAACGAGUUGAUGAAAUUCUCCAAGAGCUUCAAACUCUCAACUCCGGUGCCCAAAGAUCUUGUUCCUAUCCUAGCUAAGGACCGAAUGAAGCAAGAGGCAAUCAUGCAGCGGGCCCUGCAACAGGUCGACGACAAGGGAUUGCCCAAGGUGAUCACACCUCCCACCGAACAAAAGGCCCCUGCUCGUGGCACGGGACCCACUGGAGCUGUGCCCCCAUCUGCGCCACUUGAUCGCCAGAACUACAACCGCGCUCGCCAGGGAUAUCCUCCCACUGGACCUCUAGCCAGUACUGGAGGGCGUUUCGCUCAACAGGCUAUUACACCCGGACGCCCUGGCGUUGGUAUGCUCGGCCACAGACUCGCGGACAAUUUGCAGCAGCGCAAGGGCACAGGAAUGGGCCCUGUUCCGACCCCUCUUCCCAUUCAAGAUGCUCGUGGACCCCCAACGGGCCCUGCGAGUGAACAGCAAAAAAUCACAAGUCCUGUGAAGUCGCCUGCCGGCCCCUCUGUUGCAACCAAGUUCAACGUGAAGGCCAUGGAAUUCAAACCUAACCCUGCAGCAAGCACCUUCACACCUGGUGGACCCUCUGGCGCCGCCGCAAGCCCGCGGUCUUUCUCUCGCAACCGCUCUGUAUCGCGCGCAACCACACCGACUGCUUUCUUUGGCCCGAGAAAGCCUCAGCCCAUUUCGGAACGGCCCUCGAUCAAAGAACAAUUCAACCCCAUCAAACGUAUGAAGAAGGAGAACACAGGCCAAACCGAAAAGCCAUUUGUGUUCAAUGGAGGCAUCACUCCGCCUUACAAGACCUUGCCAACCUGGGAUAUCGCGAGUGAAACUGAAGAGAAGACGUACGAUCAGAUGUUCAAGCAACCAGCUGGUGUACCUUCGGUGUCGCCCCAAGCUCGGUCGACGUCGAACAGCAGCACUGUCACCCACCAGACCAAUAUGCCCUUCCACUUCCAGCAAAGCAUGCCUCCGGUUUCCGGUCCUUCAAACGGACCUCACAACCUCCACCCUCAGGGUCCUCAUGGCCCCUCUCACGUAGAUGAUCAUCAUCGCAUGCAGCUGUCCGCAUCGAAUUCCCAGGUCUUUCCCUCUCCUCGGAUGCAACAUGGAUACCCGUCUCCAAUGCCCCACCAGGCCCAGCUAUUCGGACCCGGACAACAAAUGCCGCAGUUCUACGGUGGUCCUCAACCCAAUCAUAUGAGGCAUUACCAAGGUGGUCCACAGUUUGUGAACCCGCAGGGCGGUAUGGGGGCUCCGAUGAUGGCGCAGCAGCCUUCCAACGGGCCCUACAUCGGGGUCCCACAAGCCAUGCCUCAGUACAACGGACAUAUGCCAAUGUACUCUCCUUCUCCGGCCCACGCCUAUCCUCAUGCAGCUGCACCUCAGUCGCAUAGUGGAUACCCAAGUCCCAGCCGCGGUGCUCCAAUGAUGAUGCACCAGAAUUCUCAAUCUGGACAGUCUCCCAUGUUUAUGCCCGGUCAACCUGGAUACCCUCAACCUUCGGGACACAUGCCCCAGAACCGUGGAAACUUCCCGCAGCAGCCCCAGUUUUCUUCCAGCCCGCAUCAGCCGCACCAUUUCCCUCCUAACCAGCAUCGGACCCCUAGCAAUGGAUUCAACCAAACACCUCAAAUGCCACCCCAUAUGUCUGCCAACACUCCCACCUCCGGAGGAUCUCACUCGGCCGAGGCUACGGAUGAAGGGAAAUGA